AGGUUAUACGCCUUCAUCCUCCAGUGACAUGAGUUCCAUGCCACCCGAACCAACAAAAGCUGAAAUUAACCAACUUCGUACUGCUGCUGUGCAAAAGAUUGAUACAGAAGGCGUAACUUAUGAUCCACAAGAUGUGAAGAGGAUAAGAAGUGAUGAUAAAUACAUCAGACGGUUUUUAAUGCACCACGACAAUGACCAGAAGUUAGCUUUGGAGAUGGUGAUGGACACGCUUAAGUGGAGAUAUGAGAAUCAGUGCAAUGCAAUUACAAAGGAGAGUGUCCCAGAUGAUUUCUUUGUGAAAGGAGCCAUGUAUAUACACAAUCGUGACAGAGAUGGUUGCAAGAUGCUAAUAUUUGUCGUGCGUUUGCAUCAGAAGGGGGUUCUCGACAUGGAUCUACUCAACAAAUUUUUCAUAUACUGGCUUGAGAGGCUAGAAAGAGAGGAAAAGGGAGAAUGGAUAACAGUGUUCUUUGACAUGUGUGAGACAGGGAUGAAGAAUAUGGACAUGGAGUUCAUUCAGUAUAUGAUCAAUCUGUUCAAGAAUUAUUACCCAUGGUUCCUCAAUUAUAUCGUUGUAUUUGAAAUGCCAUGGUUGCUGAGCGCAAUGUGGAAAAUCAUCAAAACUUGGUUGCCUCCAAAGUCGGUAGAGAAGAUCAAAUUUGUUGACAAGAAAUCAUUAAAGGAUUUUGUGGAUCCUGAUCAAUGUCUAAUCAACUGGGGUGGCACUGACAACUAUGAGUACAAGUUUGAACCAGAGGUGACACCACUUGAUGAGCCAGUUUUGAAUGGCGACGUUGAUUUCCGCAAAGUGCACUUUGCAGAAGGGAGUUCCCUUCCUCCAGCUUCCCCAUUGAAGGGUAAAUCAAAGGUCCGCCAAGCAGCAUCUGCCAAUGGAAGUCAGUUUUAUUUUGAUUCAGUAAUUGUUGGGUUACUGUCACUUGAUAUUUACUAACAGUGACCCAGGGGGGAGGGGAGGA